AUGAAGAAGCGAUAUGCAGUUCUGGGCCUGUUGGCUGUGGUCCUGGUGGCCCUCAUCGUUGGCCUCAGCCUCUGGCUGCCCUCGUCCUCCCAGCAGCCCCACCAUGUGUAUCCCAGGGCGGCCGUGGCCACAGACGCCAAGCACUGCUCAGAGAUUGGGAGGGACAUGCUGAGGGAUGGCGGCUCGGCGGUGGAUGCUGCCAUCGCGGCGCUGCUGUGCGUGGGGCUCAUGAACGCCCACAGCAUGGGCAUCGGAGGUGGCCUGUUCCUUACCAUCUACAACAGCACCACGAAAAAAGCCGAGAUCAUUAAUGCCCGAGAGGUGGCCCCUGAGAUGGCCUCCACCACCAUGUUCAACAACUCAGACGAAUCACAGAAAGGGGGGCUGUCCGUGGCUGUCCCUGGGGAGAUUCGAGGAUACGAACUUGCACACCGGCGGCAUGGCCGGCUGCCCUGGGCCCGCCUCUUCCAGCCCAACAUUAAGCUGGCCCGUGAGGGCUUUCCUGUGGGGAAGGGUCUGGCUGCAGCCCUGGAGAGUACCCGGGACACCAUUGAACAGGAGCCCACACUGUGCGAGGUAUUUUGCCGGGAUGGGAAGGUUCUGCGGGAGGGGGAGCGAUUGACCAUGCCGAAGUUGGCUGACACGUACGAGAUACUGGCCCGGGAGGGCGCCCAGGCCUUCUACAACGGGAGCCUCACGGCCCAGAUUAUUCAAGACAUCCAGGCAGCUGGGGGAAUUGUGACUGCCAAAGACCUGCACAACUACCAUGCGGAGCUCAUUGAGCACCCACUGAAUGUCAGCCUCGGGGACUCGGUUCUCUACAUGCCUAGCGCCCCCCUCAGCGGACCUGUGCUGGCCCUCAUCCUCAACAUCCUCCAGGGAUACAACUUAUCCCGAGCCAGCGUGGAAACCCCCGAGAAGAAGGGCUUGACAUACCACCGCAUUGUGGAGGCCUUCCGGUUUGCCUACGCCAAGCGGACCCUGCUGGGGGACCCUAAGUUCGUCAACAUGACUGAGGUGGUCCACAAUAUGACUUCUGAGUUCUUCGCUGCCCAACUCCGGUCAAAGAUCUCAGACGACACGACGCACCCUGUGUCGUACUAUGAACCUGAGUUCUACACACCCAACGACGGGGGCACAGCACACCUGUCAGUGGUCUCUGAGGACGGCAGUGCCGUGUCGGCCACCAGCACCAUCAAUCUCUACUUCGGCUCCAAGGUUCGUUCUAAGGCCAGCGGGAUCCUGUUUAAUGACGAGAUGGACGACUUCAGCUCACCCAACAUCAUCAACGAAUUUGGCGUUCCCCCCUCACCUGCCAACUUCAUCAAGCCAGGGAAGCAACCUGUCUCGUCCAUGUGCCCGACGAUCAUCGUGGGCCCCGACAACCAGGUCCGCAUGGUGGUGGGCGCCUCUGGUGGCACGAAGAUCACUACAGCUAUCGCGCUGGCCAUCAUCCACAGCCUGUGGUUCGAGUAUGAUGUGAAGCGGGCAGUGGAGGAGCCUCGGCUGCACAAUCAGCUCCUGCCCAAUAUCACCACGCUGGAGAGACACAUGGACCAGGCGGUGACUUCAGCCCUGAAGAACCGGCACCACGACACUGAGGUCACGCCCAACUACAUUGCUGUGGUACAGGCUGUCCUCCGCACACCCAACGGCUGGGCUGCUGCCUCAGACUCACGGAAAGGCGGGGAGCCUGCAGGCUACUAA